AAGGUAAACCGUUGUCUUCGGCAUCAACCAUUUGUUGCUCCAGCGUGUUCCCGUGCGGUGUACAAAGAAGAACCGAUCUACGAUCCUGUGACGGUAUACCGUUGCGGUCAUCUUUCUCGUGUGCUCGUGUGCAAAGUGCUGUAGGGCAAAAAGGUGCGAAAAGGGCAAGUGUGGUACUAAAAUAAGUCACUCGUUUAGUUGUGUUGUGUUGUGCUAGUGGCGUGCAGUGACCAUCGAAAUUCGGUGAUUUUGUUAAAGGAACCGCUGCACAGGACACACGGCUACACGGGGGUUAAGACAUUCGGUGGGUUAAGUACGAUACUGAAUUAAAAUAGACACUCAAAGAUGCAUCAGUUAUCGACCAUUUGUUUCACCCUGGUAAUAGUUUCUGUACUGAUACAUAGUACAAAUGGAAAACGAGGCUGUGCUGCUUUUGGUCAUGCUUGUUAUGGAGGGCAUGGUAAGAGAUCAGGAUCAUCCGCCGCUUCUUUGUAUCCCGAAGGUCUCGAUCCCUCCAUGGUUGCGUUAGAAGUGCUUCCCAUCCCUUACUCUAAACUGGCCUUGGACAAAUCAAGAUCGUUGGAUUUAGCAUCGGAAGUGAUGCGUCCAAAUAGUCCAUACGCUAUAGAUGCAACCGCUUCGAACCAUCGCACAGAUACGCGGACAGGAGAGCUUAAAUAUGCAAUUUACGCGAUGCUAAGACAAUUGAUGGAAGAAUCGGCCGUUAAUCGACAGGAGCAAUCGCACCAACAACAACAGGUACAAUCGCUGAAUCAACCAUUCCCGCACGAUGCUGCGAAUGUUGGCGAUAUUGAACGAAAGUAAAAUAUGUAUGUUCCCAAAAGUGUGUUAAACUGUUUUCGUUUGUAACGGACUUGAGUAGCUGCACAUCCCAUCUAUAAGUUUGAGAUACACUUAUCCCAGAAAUAGAAACCGUGGGUUGAAUGCAAGUUGUUCCUGUUUAUCACCUUAAACUGUCUCAAUGGGUAUAGUAACAAAGAACAAAACAAAACAAACCGCACGAACAUAUUCUAGAACAUCACCCGCACCGAACAAGCGAAUAAGGGAUAAUAAGCUGCUGGAAGCAAUGAACCAUAAGCGAUGAAAACUGUAAAUAUAAAAUUCUAGAAAGAAAAUGUGCGUAAGCAGUCACAUUGAAUGAGUAAUAUAACAGAAAAUAAUAAUUACACGCUACAAUGAAACAAUGUGUUAAAUAGUUCAAUAAGCAAUGAUUGCAAAAGUGCAAAUGAGUAACAAAUAAAAACAAAUAGUUAGACGAAACUCGUCAUGGCUGGGACAGUUUCGUUUAAUUAUUCCCCAA